CUUUCAAGUGGUAACAGUUCAAAUGAUUUGGCUUCACUAUUCGAGUGCCCGGUAUGUUUCGACUACGCCCUGCCACCUAUCAUGCAGUGUCAGAGCGGCCACAUAGUCUGUUCCCACUGUCGACCUAAACUGCAAUUUUGCCCCACCUGUAGAGGAGCUUUAGGUAACAUAAGAAACUUAGCGAUGGAAAAAGUUGCGAGUCAAGUCUUGUUUCCGUGUCGCUACAUGUCGAAUGGUUGCGAGGCUUCUCUACCACAUACAGAUAAGGCUAAUCACGAGGAUGGAUGCGAAUUUAGGCCGUACAAUUGCCCUUGCCCCGGAGCCUCCUGUAAAUGGCAGGGCAGUCUCGAACAGGUCAUGCCACAUCUACUACAACAGCACAAAAGUAUAACGACGCUACAAGGCGAGGACAUAGUAUUUUUAGCUACCGACAUCAACCUACCCGGGGCUGUUGACUGGGUCAUGAUGCAGACCUGCUUCGGCCAUCAUUUUAUGCUUGUUUUAGAGAAACAAGAAAAGUCUGAAGGCAAUCAGCUUUUUUAUACAAUUGUACAAUUAAUUGGGACAAGGAAACAAGCUGAAAGUUUUGCUUAUAGGUUAGAAUUAAACGGGCAGAAACGUCGGUUAACGUGGGAGGCCACGCCCCGAUCCAUCCACGACGGGGUCCAGUCUGCCAUCAACAGUAGCGACUGUUUAGUUUUCGACACAAACGUUGCUAGGCUCUUCGCUGACAAUGGAAACCUAAGCAUCAAUGUCACUAUAAACACGUGUUAA